AUGGAGACAACCAAGCUGACAACAGACGAGAAGCUCCAAGGAAACCAGGCACGAUUCCGCAAACAUCGAUCAUGUGUGGACCAGAUCGCUUCUCUGUGCAUCAAUAUUGAGCAAUUGCUUGAAUUUGAAUGGAAUUCACCACUCGUGGCCAACUUCAUUUAUUAUGAAAAGGCAUUUGACAGCGUGGACAGGGAAACUCUGUGGAAACACAUGCGGCAUCAUGGAAUACCUGACAAAAUCGUCAAGCUUGUAAAUGCCACCUAUGAGGGAACAAACUGCCAAGGCUUCCAUGAAGGACAACUCUCAGAACCAUUCCAGAUGUCUUGUUUCAAAACCGGUGAUGCGGUGCUUGACAAGGAAGAUAAUGCAUCCUAG